AUGUCGGCGCCGUCCACGGCGCAAUUGUACGCCAGCCAACAAUCUGUAUCAUCUCGACCGUCUGGCUCGCUCCCGCUUCAACCCGGCGGCGCACCCAGCAGUAGCGCUGUGCGGGCCACAAACAGUCGAAGACCGAGCUUUGGUGCGGAAAAGGCGGGACGGAUGAGUCCGACUGCCUCGCCGCCACGCUCCUCGUCGCACCUGCGUUCCAAAUUCAGCACCGAAGCGCUACGCUCCGGACACGCGCCAAACAUCAGUGUGCCGAUGCCGUAUAUGGGCAAUAUGCCGCCACCGCUACCGUCUCCCAUGAGCACAGGUGGCGCUGCCAUACACAUGGCACGCACCGUCUCUACCGAAAGCCAUGCUUCUAGCCAGGGUCGAGCGGGCGGACCGUCGGGGAAGGAUGCCGGCGAGAAGCCGCAGUGGUACCAACGGUCAAAGUCUUCGCGCAACCUCGCAGCUCAAGCGGCCGCACAGGCAGCGGUAACGCACGCCAAUGCGCCUGCGUCACCGACGGAAAGCCACCGCGACCGUGAGCAAGAGAAGGAUCGUGAUGAGGACUGCGACGAUAGUGCCUCGAUCUCCUCAUUCACUUGCUCCUCUGCACGUGAAUUUGACCGUCAGUACAAGCUUCUGGAGUCGUUGCCAACGCCCAUGACAGUUCUGGCACAGACUUCAACUCCAGGCGAGGCGGCGGCCAAGGGACGGGAGUACAAGCAGCACUGGAUGGAUGGCCUAUUUGGCAAGCUCGCAUCGAAAGGAAUGAAGAAGAAAAAGGGGACAGACUCGCUGACGGCGGGCAAAGGCAGUGCUGCUGGCUCAAGCCAUUUCCUAGAUCUCAGCUCAUUCAUCAGCCCUUUGCCAGGUGCGAAUGCAGUAGCCAGCGCACCGGAACAAAGUCCACCAAGACCGAGGAUGGAUCAUCAUGUCUAUUCUGCUGAUGCUGUGCCCACAAUAGGUAGCGGUGCCAUCCCGCCAUUCGCCACACCAGGACGACAGCGCAAGGCGCCGCGGGAAAGCGAGCAGCAGCGCAGCCAAUCAAGCAUGAGCUUCCGAUCAGCAGACGAGUUCUCUUUAUCCAGGAGACCGUCUGAACGCUCGAACGGUGAUCUCGCGUCCCCAACUUUUCCGCUUUCCCCUCUACCGCAAGGUGGCGCGCGGCUUACCAUCGGCACCAAGAAGAGUAUGGAUCGUCUACAGCAGCAACUCGGCCAAGCGUACGCACAAAAUGAGAGCUCCGGCUGCCAAAGUGGCGACGGCGACGUUCCUGCACUUCCAAGUUGGGCGAAAGAGAGCAACCGUCAUCGAGGUAUGGCGCCUACUAGCGCUGCCACGGGCCGCUCUCAGACCGACCUACAGAAGAGCAUGCAUUCCAGUUUUCCUUCUGGCAAGGCAGCGGUUCCAAUGGCGAGGGCGCAGAGCGACAGCGUGCAGAUGCAGAUGGGAAUGCAGGUGAAAAACGCUCACAGCCGACCUGUUCUGCCUGCUCGGGCAUCGAGCACAAGCCAGGCCAUCCUUGGCCCUGCCGCCGCCAGCAAUCUCCCUUCAUUCUACACCAACCAGUCUUAUCGCUCAGACCCCACAUCACGUGGCUCGGUCAGCUCCAUCUCGACAGACUCCACCUCCAGUCCGCAGACGCCGAGCAGCGCGACACCGCUCAAUCGUAUCCUUUAUGGUGCCGGAGAGGCAGACUCGCCGUUCCCACCAAUGCCUUUGCCGCAUGGCGGGCACUAUGUCCAUGGUUCUUCGGUAGCCGGGGCAGCGGGGGUCAGUGCGCAUCACGCGAUUGGCUCCGCACUUAUGCUAAGCGGAGUUGACGAUGGUGCGAAGCCCAAUGAGGGUGAAAGGCAGUCAGCCAUACUGGGAGGCUCACUCGAUGAGCAGGGCGGCCGAUCCCCUUUGAUGGCUAGCCGCGUGCUAAACGGUAUCAAUAUGACGCCGCGCGCUGGCAGACUCGGAGGCGAAAUGGCACGUGGUGAUGCUGUGCAGCUUGCAGAAGAUGGCGACAUGACAUUCACACGGGCGGCAACGCGCACGCCUGGUCGAGGGCGUGGCAGAGCGCAGACGAUGGCAUCUUAUGCAACAGCGCCUGGCCAUGCCUGGUCCGGCUCGGUCAGCAGCAUUCAUUCUGUGUCCGCCAAUGAAAUGCACAGAGCUUCAAUCUCAUCUCGCGCGAGUGCAACAUCCUCGGCGGAUGAAAGACAAUCGAUGUCGUCUGAUGCAUUCGCCUAUGCGGACCGGCUCAGUCAAGCAUCCACUUUCCCCAACGUCAGCGGUGUAAUGCUUAGACGUGAGAAGCUGCCUUCAACCGCGGAAGAGCAGACAUAUUGGAACACCGCAUUUUGA